AUGCAAGUGCUGGUUCUCGGCUGCACUUUCCUCACGCUGUCAGAUCGUGAGGAAAGUACUGCCGAGAACCGGCAGUUGUCAGAGCGGGGAUCGGCACCGAUCAUCAGGGCACUGAUGAUCAGUGCCCUGAUGAUCGGUGCCCAGCAAUGCCACCCGCAAGUUCCGCCCACCUGUGCCCAGCACUCCGCCCACCUGUGCCCAGCAGAUCACCCACCUGUGCCCAGCAGUGCACCCACCUGUGCCCAGCAGUGCACCCACCUGUGCCACUCUGCAGUGUCACACACCUGUGCCCAGAAGUGCCACCUACCUGUGCCCAGCAGUGCCACCCACCUGUGCCCA